AUGUCAGUAAAGUAAAUCAAUCAAAAAAACAAACACUUCAACUUCAAACACAAGUCACAAACAGUUGUAUACAAUUAAAAGGUUAGGUGUAAACGCCUCUAUUUUAAAUAUCGUAAUAAUUAUGUUCUGAGAUUUAAAAAGUGAAUCGUUUCAAUGGAAAACUACUUCAAAGGUAAAAAUGUCGAAGAAGAAAUUGAACGGAGUAAAAUACCGUUCAAGGAUAUCCCUGAAAACUUUUUAUGGAUGCAGGUUAAAGGAGGAAGCAAGAUGACUAAUUUAAUAUCCCACGCAACUGGCAUUUUAGAAGACAAAGCGACGACCGCUGUAGUAUGGACCGGAGCUGGUGUAGCAAUAGCCAAAGCCAUCUCAUGUGCAGAGAUCUUGAAGCGACAAUUUUCAAUUCCGCACCAAGUGACAUCGCUUGCAUAUAAAAGUGUUGAGGAAUACUGGGAACCAAAGUUAGAUGGGCUUGAAACAAUUAUAGUGAAACGUCAAGUACCUGUAAUACACAUAUUACUAUCAAUUCAAGAUAUAUCAGAUGUGAAUCAACUUGGAUACCAAAGUCCUCUCGGUAAAAAGUUUUGGGAAAACGUUUCUAGUAAUAAUCCUAAGAAGCAGCAGUCAUUUAAGUCAAAAAAAUCAAAUAAACAAAGGAAAAUUGAAAAUCAAGAGUGAUCACUAUUUUAUACAGUAGAAAAUGCUAUAAGUUUAUAGUCAAUGGAUAUAAAUGUCAUAAAGUCCAUCUGGACUAUCUACAUUAUUAAUAAUCUUAAUUUAUUUGAAUCAAUAUGUCAGUGUGUGGCCUUGAAACUACAGAAAUUAAUGCAUUUGUAUUGUGUAAUAUGAUGCAUUGUAACUUACAAGUACACCUUAAAUACUAAAAGAAGAAUUCAAACAAACUUUUUUAUAAAGAAUAUACAAAAAAGAAAAUAUUAUGGGACAAUACGAAAUGUGAUUUUAAAUCUAAAUUAAAAGAUUGAACAGUAUCUCAAUAUAAGCUACAAUUAUAAAUUUAAAUGCCUAAUGAAACUUAAAUAACACAAAAGAUCUUGUUAAGGUUUGCCAUAAAAUAAUGGAUACCUUUUUUCUCACUUGGAUAUUUGCAGAUAGACAUUCAGCACAUCACUUGCAGAUUGGUCAUCAUUAAACAUAAGUACAUUGUUAAAAUUCUUAAGAUCAGUAUAUUAGCAUUUUUUACAAAUACUAUAGAAUUAAAUAUAUCAAUUUGUUACAUUUCUUCAAGUACGGAAUAUUUGAAAUGUAUUAUUUGAAUAAAUUAUUUUUUUUUUUGAUUUUA